CCUGCGUGCUCCGUGGGACCCGCGCUGAACUCGCCGGGGAGCCCGAGCGUCUGGCGUCCUCCAGGCUCCGCGAAGCGGCCGGACUGGAUGGAAAAAGACGAAUAUGACCUGGUAUCUCCCUAUGAGGUUGACCACAAUGGAGACUAUGUGUCCCAUGAAAUCACGCGCUCUCGGAGGAGGAGGAGGGGGCUGGCCCCGCUCAUGGUGGAGUCUCUCCACCUUCGGCUGAAGGGCUUCAGGCACGACUUCCACGUGGAGCUGAAAGCUUCCAGCAACCUGAUGGCUCCCGGAUUUAUGGUGCAGACCCUGGGGAAGGGAGGCACUAAGUCCGUGCACACCUUCCCACCCGAGGAUUUCUGUUUCUACCAAGGCUCCUUACGAUCCCACAAAAACUCCUCGGUGGCUCUUUCAACGUGCAGAGGUUUGUCCGGCAUGAUAAGAACACAAGAAGCAGAUUACUUCCUAAAACCACUUCCUUCUCACCUGGCGGGGCGACUGCAGGACCCUGCCCGGGCUGGGUCCCCCUCCCACAUACUGUACAAGAGAUCAGCAGACGUGCGGGCUCCGGGGGCUCCCCAGGCCGUCAUGACCGAGAGGGACCGGGAGCUGGGGAAUCCGGCCCUGCACGGCAGCUCCGACCUCCGGCACCCACCAAAGCAGCAUUUCUGCGGAAGGCGCAAGAAAUACAUGCCCAGGCCUCCGAGGGGGGACCUCUUCAUCCUGCCGGACGAGUUCGCGCCUCACUGGCGGCACAAGCGCUCACUCCUGAAGUCCCACAGGAACAAAGAGCUGAACGUGGAGACGCUGGUGGUGGUCGACAGGAAGAUGAUGCAGAACCACGGGCAUGAGAACGUCACCACCUACGUGCUGACCAUACUCAACAUGGUAUCGGCUUUGUUCAAGGACGGAACGAUAGGAGGAAACAUCAACAUUGCGAUUGUCGGUCUGAUCCUGCUGGAGGAAGAACAGCCGGGGCUCGUGAUAAGCCAUCACGCCGACCACACCUUAAGCAGCUUCUGCCAGUGGCAGUCUGGGUUGAUGGGCAGAGACGGCACACGCCACGACCAUGCCAUCUUGCUGACGGGCCUAGACAUAUGUUCCUGGAAGAAUGAGCCAUGUGACACCUUGGGAUUUGCGCCCAUAAGUGGAAUGUGCAGUAAGUACCGCAGCUGCACAGUUAAUGAAGAUACGGGUCUUGGACUGGCCUUCACCAUCGCCCACGAGUCUGGACACAACACCGCCCAAGCGCUGUGCCUCGCCGAUCAGCCCAAGCCGGUAAAGGAGUACCAGUACCCCGAGAAGUUGCCGGGAGAGUUAUACGACGCCAACACUCAGUGCAAGUGGCAGUUUGGAGAGAAAGCCAAGCUCUGCAUGCUGGAUUUUAAAAAGGAUAUUUGUAAAGCCCUGUGGUGCCACCGGAUUGGAAGGAAAUGUGAGACUAAGUUUAUGCCCGCAGCAGAAGGCACUAUUUGUGGACAUGACAUGUGGUGCCGUGGAGGACAGUGUGUCAAAUAUGGUGAUGAAGGCCCCAAGCCCACCCAUGGCCACUGGUCGGACUGGUCUUCCUGGUCCCCUUGCUCCAGGACCUGCGGAGGAGGGGUGUCUCACAGAGACCGCCUGUGCACAAAUCCCAAACCAUCGCACGGAGGCAAGUUUUGUGAGGGAUCGACUCGUACGCUGAGGCUUUGCAACAGUCAGCAAUGUCCGCACAACAGCGUCGACUUCCGUGCGCUGCAGUGCGCAGAGUACAAUGACAAGCGCUUCCGAGGAUGGCGCUACACGUGGAAGCCAUACACCCAAGUGGAAGAUCAGCACUUAUGCAAACUCUACUGUAUCGCAGAAGGAUUUGAUUUCUUCUUUUCUUUGUCAAAUAAAGUCAAAGAUGGGACUCCAUGCUCGGAGGAUAGCCGUAAUGUUUGUAUAGAUGGGAUAUGUGAGAGAGUCGGAUGUGACAACGUCCUUGGGUCCGACGCUGUGGAAGACUCCUGCGGUGUGUGCAGGGGCAAUAAUUCAGACUGCACGACGCACAAGGGGCUCUACGCCAACCCCCAUGGCGCCAACCAAUAUUAUCAGAUGGUCACCAUUCCUCCCGGAGCCCGGAGUAUCCGCAUCCGCGAAGUGAACGUGUCUACCUCCUACAUCUCUGUGCGCAACACCCUCCGAAAAUACUACCUGAACGGACACUGGACAGUCGACUGGCCCGGCCGAUACAAGUUUUCAGGCACCACGUUCGACUACAGACGGUCCUCCCACGAACCGGAGAGCUUGACCUCGUCUGGGCCAACGAAUGAAACCCUGGUUGUGGAGCUCCUGUUUCAGGGAAGGAACCCGGGCAUUGCCUGGGAGUACUCUGUGCCUCGGCUGCGGGGGGAGAAGAAGCCGGGCGGCCAGCCUCGCUACCUGUGGGCCGUCACUCGGUCCGAGUGCUCCGUGUCCUGUGGUGGGGGGCAGAUGACCACAAGGGCAGGCUGUUACCGAGACCUGAGGUUUCAAGUCAACACAUCAUUCUGCAGUCCCCGCACCCGACCUGUCACCGGGGUGGUGUCCUGCAAAGUGUCUGCCUGCCCUCCCAGUUGGUCGGUGGGGAACUGGAGCUCCUGCAGCCGGACAUGCGGUGGGGGCACGCAGAGCCGGCCCGUCCAGUGCACACGACGGGCCAACUCCGUGUCGGAGCGGGUGGCGGCCAGCCUGUGUCCGCAGCCCAUGCCCUCCAGCCGACAGACCUGCCACUCUCAGAGCUGCCCGCCCGCCUGGAGCACCGGGCCCUGGGCAGAGUGCUCUCGAACCUGCGGGAAGGGAUGGCGGAAGAGGUCCGUGGCCUGUAAAAGCACCAGCCCUUCCGCCAGGGCACUGCUGCUGCCGGACGCCGCCUGCGGCGCGGAGCCCAAGCCCAGGACUCACGAGGACUGUCUGCUCAAGCGCUGCCACAAGCACAAGAAGCUGCAGUGGCUUGUGUCUGCCUGGUCGCAGUGCUCGGGUACGUGUGAAAGAGGAACACAGAAAAGAUUCUUAAGGUGUGCUGAAAAGCACGUCUCUGGGAAAUACCGAGAGCUGGCCUCCAAGAAGUGCCUGCACCUGCCGCGGCCCGGCGUGGAGCUGGAACGGGCCUGCGCCCUGCUUCCCUGCCCCCGGCACUCCCUGCAGGCCGCUGCCGGCCCCCCUCGAGCCAGCUGGUUUGCCGCACCCUGGUCUCAGUGCACAGCCAGCUGUGGGGGCGGCGUGCAGACCAGGGCCGUGCAGUGCCUGGCAGGGGGCCGGCCGGCCCUGGGCUGCUUCGUGCACCAGAAGCCCACUGCCUCUAUGGCCUGUAACACCCACUUCUGCCCCAUUGCAGAGAAGAAAGAUGGCGUUUGCAGAGACCACUUCCCCUGGUGCUCGCUGGUGCCCCGGCACGGGAUGUGCAGCCACCAGUUUUAUGGGGGGCACUGCUGCAAGACGUGCUCCGGCUCCAACCUGUGAGGCCCGGCCUCGGUGGCGGUGCCGGACCUUCAGCCUGCAUCAGCCGCGCGCUGGACAUUGGAGCGCGGCCGGGGGGAAGCAGGCUGGGGAAAGAAGGCUGCAUCUGGCCUUCGGAUGGGACAGAGUGUGGGGGUGUGCACGUGCGUGUGUGGGUGUGUGUGUGCGCAUGUGUGCACAUCCUGGGUCUGAGGGCACGCCUGGGCACGCACGCACGCACGUGUGCAGGGGAAGCCUGGGGGAGGGGGAGGCCCAGCCGCAGACCCAGGGUCUCCUCACUGUGCUUCAGCUGAAUCAAGUCAGAAGCACAGAAGGAGCCAAGCUUGCUAACCGCUAAACACUGUGCUGCUUUGGAGAAAGAAGGAAAGGCAGCAUGCGUCCAGAAGAUCUGCCGCUCAGUAUGCCGGCCUCCCCCCAACCUCGAGGCCGCUGCCCCGGCUCUGAGCUAACCAGCCUCCCUCUGGAGAAGCCGCGGGCUGGGACAGCUCCAGUCCAGCCUCCCCAGGGCCCCCGUCCUGCGCCAGCAGCCCAGCUUCUCUCUGCUGGGACAAGAGCCGGUGCCCCUGGAAGGGGAGACUGCCCUGUGGCAGGGGGCGAGGGGGUGGUGCGGGUGCUCCGGACUCCGUGUCCCAAUUGGAGACUUUGCCUCGGAGACAGGAAACACGAAAUCCUGCUGUGGUGCUUGGUUCCCUUUCGGACUCACGCGCUGGAGGAGAGAACUUUAUAUCCUACGUCUUAUCCUUCUCUGUGAUUGACAAGCGAGCCUUUCUAUUCCAACCCGUUCCUUAUGCUUUUCCCUGAAAUGACAGAAUUACAGGUUAUGCCAGAGGCAGACAGCGACCAGCUACGCCGUACCCCAGCUGUCUCGAUGAGGGGCUGGCUGUCCUGCCCGGGCGGACAUCCGCAGACGUGGGGACCCUCAGAAUCCCACGUUUCCUUUCCGUGCAUUGUGCUGUUUUGAAUUUUUUUUUCUGUGAAUUUUGAUUGUUUUGUGAGAGCCCUUCAGAAAGAAGGCCAGCAUCUCCGGACGAAGCCGCACACGGGCCCCGGCCCCCGCCCCUGCGCAGUGUUGGGGCUGCUCUGCGUUCUCCUCCUACCCUGUGGCUCCAUUCCGCAUGGGCACCUGGAUAUUUAUAUUUGCUGAAGUUUUAUAAUAAAUUUUAUAU